AUGCCGUUUCAGUACAUUGGCUUCCAAAGACUCCCUCCUUCCAGUUUAUCGCCCUCACAGUCUCUUCAGGUCGCUCCGCUGAUUGCAAAUGACCUUCGCGACGAGGUCUUCUUACCUGAGGAUGGAGAAGAUGGCGUCGAGCUCAAGCUGGCUUGGGUGAUGGAGAAGCACGACGCUGCCCAAGGUCGGGAAGGCUUCGUUGUAGUCAAGACAGAGCAGAGCGUACAGUGGAUAGGGCCCGACUCGGCGUACAGGAAAGUCGACAUCGCAUGCCCAUCUGUCAAGGAGUUAAAGAAGGCAGUCCAAUCAGCCACGCUCAAGGAUGCCGCCCUGCGCCUGGCGAUGUGGGUCGAAGUCAUUGAGCCGCCGCCCAAAAGUCAUAAGAGAGCCAAGAAGUCACCGCAGGAGACAAAUGCCGGGCAAGAUGUUUCAUCAUGCCUCCUGAUCCGACCCACGGAGGCAGUACGGCGAUCACAAGCGGGAGAAACUGUGUUCCUGCCCGUCCUUACCCCACCGAUCAAAACCACGGGACCAGGCUCAGCCUCAUUGUCAAUGUCGCCCGCCAAGCUCACUCACGUCUCCAGGCUCUGGGCCUACGACAGCAAUGAGGACGAAGGGCAAGGCUGUUUCGCCGCAAUCGAGAUUGAGGAGGAGAUUGGCUUCGAACUAGACAAGCACAUCUGGGAUGCGUCUAUUCCGCUGCUGAGCCUGCUGAUGGCGCCGCCAGAUAGCAAGAGCAGCAGCAGCGUAGACUCAGACGCAUCGAUCAUCCCGCACGGCCCGAGCAGAGUCAUCGUCGAGCUCGGCGCCGGAACAGGCAUGCUAUCGAUCGGUCUUGCGCAUUCUUCGACGCCCUUCAGUCGACUCUUCGCUUCGGACCUUGCCCCUGCUUUGGAACUCAUCGAAAGCAACAAGGCGCGCAAUGGUCUUACGGGACACGGACCGGAAGUCAUUGAGCUAGACUGGUUUGCUGAGCAGCUCCCUGCGUCUCUUUGUGAGGCACUCGAAGGAGAAGACAGCAAGAGCUCCAGAUCACGGCCACCUCUACUCGUUCUCGCCGCCAAAGGGUUCCAUGGCAAUCCUUUCAAAGAAGCACCGUCAUGCUGA